CUCACCUGCCACCUGGCAUUUCCAUUAAAUACUCACUUUCAUUUCUCACUAAAAAAAGUUAAACUCUCUCUUUCUCUCUCUUCUUUUCUCCUUUUCAUUAUGAAUUAAUCAUAACAUCAUCAAUGGCGGUUCAACUGCAUUUCUAAUUCUAAUCAAAUUCUUCUUUUGCAAUUUGAGUGAUCCAAGUUUUUGAUUUAUUAGUUAGUUGAGUUAGUUACGUUUCUGUUAUAGCUAGCCAUGGAGUUGGAGCACCCAACGACGACGUUUCACAACAACUCUAUGACCUUCGACGAAGUUUCCAUGGAACGCAGCAAGAGCUUCAUCAACUCCUUGCAGGAACUUAAGAACCUGAGGCCUCAACUUUAUUCUGCUGCAGAAUACUGUGAAAAAUCUUAUCUCCAUAGUGAACAGAAACAAAUGGUACUUGAUAACCUAAAAGAUUACGCUGUAAGAGCCCUUGUGAAUGCUGUUGAUCAUCUUGGAACUGUUGCAUACAAGUUAACUGACCUUCUCGAGCAACACACACUGGAUGUCUCAACUAUUGAUUUGAAGGUCUCUACGAUAAAUCAGAAACUUCUUACGUGCCAAGUUUAUACGAAUAAAGAAGGUCUUCGGCAGCAGCAAUUGUUGGCUUUCAUUCCCAGACAUCAUAAGCACUAUAUUUUGCCAAACUCUGUCAAUAAAAAGGUACAUUUCAGUCCACACAUACAAAUUGAUGCAAAACAGAAUUCAUUUCAAACCAGAACUCGUUUUCAAUCUUCAGGUACCCCUCCUGCGAAAACUCUUUCAUGGCAUUUAGCAUCAGAGACUAAGUCUACACUGAAAGGAACUCCGCAUGCUUCCCCAAACAUCGAGAACCCAAAAUUUUCUGCCAAGGCCUCUGGAUUUUUCCACCUUUUAGACAAUGAAGAGAGCAUCUAUACAAAGUCCUCACCAGCACAAAUUCACUUACCGAAUGGAGUUCCUACUUCUACUAUACAUGUGCAAAGUUUUGGCGGCACACGCAGGGAUGCAUUGGAUGGUUCCAAACCAAUGACAGGGUUCAGGUCAUUUGACAACGCAAAUCGCCGUGAGUCUGCCCAAACCCCUCCUCGCAGCAGAAGUGUGUUAUCAUCCUUCUUUGUCAAACAGAAAACACCAAAAUUGAAGACUGGUUCUUUCUCAUGAUUCAUAAAUACCACCUAAGGAUGUGUAAAUGUAUUGUUUUUUUAGAUAUGAAGGGUUGGAGAUGUUCCUUUAUUCUACCUGGAUGCCUAAUUCUUUUUCCUUUAACUAUGCCUCCAUUAAAUGCUCAGAAAAUAGAAAUAAUUAGCUUUUGUUCAAGCCUUUGAAUAAUGAUGUUGUAUAGUAAUUGGCAAUGAUAAUGGUUGGAAUCUUGAUCUUCUACUAGCUCAAUGUUACCUUGUGAAUUGUGAUCUA